AACGAAUUUACUUGAUUAGUUAAAUUCCGACCCGGUCUCGCCAGUAGCGACGAUGACUGGCUUUCUGUUCCUUACCAAAACCCUGAGCACAACAAUUGUGAUGUUAGUAGUCUGCUAUGGACAGACAUCAAGCAAUCAAGGUAAGUCCUUCCAUCAGUUGGUCGGUUUCAUAAGGAUCUUGAAGUUUCUAGUAUGAUUAAUGCGACAGCAGCUGGAGGAAGGAGGACAUGUUCACCUCGUUGUCAAGCAAGAGGUGAAUAGAGAGAAGGACAGAUAUAAUGAAGUAGCAUCAACAACAAUUUAGUAUGAUGAUGACACAGAGAGUCAGAUAUUCAGUUACUUGAGCCGUUUGCCAUUCGGUAUUUUAAGCAAGCACUUGUUGAAGAGCUCCUCUAACAUAAUUCAUCUGAACCUUGAAUAAUUUUUUAAAGAAUGAAGAAGUUUUACAGAGAAUUUGUUCAUAAUUGUCUAGUUUAAGUCUUAGUGCAUUGCGCAAGACGAGCAAACCGGCAUAACUUAAAAGAAAGCAGGGAUUUUAUCAACAAGAUCGAUUCAUUGACUGAAUGCUUUGUUAAAUAAUGCAUGAAUGUAUGUUCGGUUUUGCCAGAUUUUCGUUCGUAGCGAAAGAAAAUUGAUACCAAGUGAAUUACUGUUGCUCUUUGUUGUAGCAACACGGCUCACACUUACCGACGAAACUAAAAACUGAGUCCAAGUUAAGAUGGGGCUUCAUAACUAAAUAGUGUAUACAAUUUUAUUAUAAUUCUUUCCACACCCAAGAUAAUCAAAAUAUUUGUAAGAAAAAGUAGCAAAGAGAGAGUGUUAUCACUUUUAUAAAAACAAAUUGGUUUAUCGUUGUUUACUCUUCCAGGUGCAUGGGCUUAUUGAAAUCAUAAGCUGAAUAACAAUCAGUUAGUCCAUGUUGUCGAGCGCGGCACAACAAAUAUGCCUUAUCAUGCCGAUCACGUAUUAACUACUCUUUUCUCUGCACGCAUCAUUUCUAUUAAGUACAUAUCAGCAGGACCUAUACACAAACAGAGGAGGCCUUAAAAAAAAAAGGAAAGAAAAAACCCGAUCUCUUCUAAUGUAGAUGUCGAUCUUUUUCUAACACUGCCAUAGUACAUACCAAUGAAAGUGUCAAAAAUGAACUCUAUAACAUCUGUGUACUUUACCGCUAACCAUGAAGAAAACAAAAUUUUGACGACCUUUCCGUCAUACAAUCCCCUUUUUUUUCGUUAUCCCAUCACUUCAGUAUUCCACGAUAUCCCAGAAAAAGGACCAAGAUCCAUCACUUUCCUUCACAAGUAUCCCAACUUAGCCUUUGUAGGUCUCACCAUGAACCAAAUGGCACGUCAGCAUAAGUUUCUGCACAGCGCCUGUUUUUCAGUGAUUUCUGGUUAAGCAAGAAUUUUUUUUUGUUUUUAAAAGCUGACUGUCAAGAUAAAUGGACCUUGAAUGAUUCCUCGUGCUAUUAUGUAUAUACUGCUGUUGACAGAAAACUUGGAUUUUGGAAUGCCGUGAGGUGGUGCAGACAAAGGAAUGGCUCUCUCACAAGUGUUUUAAGUGACAAAGAAAACGAUUUCUUACAUCAUCUUAUCAAUAAUACAAACCUUCGACCCAAAGAGACGUUCUACAUAGGGCUUCACAGAAAUUGUAAAAGUAACUUAAUGGGAUGGGUGGACAAGCAGCCAUAUAAUUACACAAACUGGUACCACAGCCAGGAUCCCGCCUGCUACGAUGAGGGAUCAAAAAAUGAGACAGGACGACGCUGCGCUUACUACAAUCAUGUACACAAGUGGCAGAUAGACUACUGUAAGACAGUAAGACUUUUCAUAUGCAAACGACCCAAGAAAGUAGAAGGUGUGUACAAAGUACGAUAUAUAAAAACACUGACACUAUAAAAUUGCGGCUUACAAAUGCCUAUUAAAGGGUACAACAAAUGACGCUGUUGGUGGUGUUCAAGAACUCAAUAAAAAUUAUCUAGUAUUCAGUCUUCUUCGGUAUGAAAAGGUGUUUGGUUCUUUGUGUCGGAACUAGAAAACUAUAGAAAAGUGAGAUUGAUCUCUCUUCUAAUUUUACGACCGAGCUAAAAAUCUAAGUCUUACUCAGUGUAUUCGAUAUGCAGUUCGUUCACUCUCGUUAUGAUAAUACUGAGUCAGUUAACAUAAAAAAAAAAUUAACCCUCCUCUGAGGAUAGUCAGUGUAUGAUUUUACAUCAAAAACAGUAUCAGGGAUCGAAUUCAGAAGAAUGAACUUGUUGUCAUUACAGAGCAGCCAUCGCCGACGAGUGGGGUCAGGAAUACAAAUGUAUCCGGUAUGAUCCUUCAAUAAUCCUUCUUGCCAUUGUCGCAGUAUUGUGAUUAUUAUUGGUAUCCAUUGUUCUCGGUAACUAGUUCUCCUCAACCUUUUUACAGAACACUCUCAGAGCAGCACUCUGUCACCGACUAUUGCUUCGGAGACUUCAACAGAGACCUCUACGCUGCAAUUUAACGCAAGUCCUUUUUAUAUCUCACUUAUGAUUUAUGUUUGUACGAGGGUUGGGAAAUGUGAACGUGUGUUCUUUUGGGCUGCAUUUUUCAGUUUACUGAUCUACUCAACACUUUGAAUUGUUGAUAUCGAUCUCUACUCCUGUCGCCCUAAAAGAACUGUUUUCACUUUAAAAUAUAAUCAAGUUAUCUUAACCGCUUUUUUAAAUUACCUGACUGCUCUAAGUUUACAAGAACUUCAACUUGUCAACUCCUACUCUUACUGGCCCUUUCUCAUUAGGUACAAGACACCUUAAAGAAGUUGGAUGAAGCACUGAAAUCAUUAGAGGGCGUCUCUUUGAAUCAAUCGACUGCUGAAAGAAAUUUGAAGGUAUACUUUUCAUACUUCAUGGUGAUUGUCGCAGUGGUCAUGGAAAUAGAACACAGGCCUGUGAGUGAAAUGCUUGCCUUAACCUCCUGUAUGUAUUAUUUUGUUUGCAGGAACUAGGAACAGUUCUAGACAGUGUCGUGAACCCUGUAGGAAAGGCACAACCAUCUUUGGUAAUUUCAAUCCAUAUUCAAAACGAUUUAUCAUACAGUGAUUGGCAAAAAUGAUACUACAGCUACAGAAUGCGCUCUUUAGUCGACAAUGGCGGUGACGUGGAGUCUUUCUUACCAAAAAGUGACAAAAAAGUACGUCACCAAAUAAGCAGUCAUGGACAACUGCUUGUUGCGGCCUAACAAUGCCUCCUCGGACAUCCUCGGGCUUACAUAGAUGGUGCUAAUUUGAUCACUUCCUUUAUAACAGUAAUAAAUGCCUCAUUAUUUUCAUCAUUCAUUUAUAUAUUUUUUAAACUCUUUAACGCAGAGAAGCCACCUAUGAAACGUCGUAACUGUGUUAUUUGUUUUAGUCCUUAGAUCAAAUUUCACAGGUCGUUCAAAUGAGUGAAAAAAUAGGAGAGUUAUUGGUUCGAGGAUUAAUGAGAGGGGAAGGCGGCGUCACUGAACCGAAAAGUAUCCAGAUAAACACUGAAUCUUUGGGUGAGUCGGUGUCUUUUCGCCUCCAUGGGGAGGGGGAGGGUGGGGAGGUUAGGGGUGGGGAGGUUAGGGUUGUAGAGGAGAAAGGGUAGUAAUAUUGUUCCAUAACUAACGACACAAAAUUGAGCGAUGAUGGUAAACCAUCGAAUCACUUCACAGGAAAAAAAGUCAGUUCUAUCAUGAUAAAAAUGACUGAGUUAUCACAUGUUUGAAUUUCGGUAAAGUGUGCCUGAAAAGAGCAUCCUUCAAGCUUAUACAUGGAGGGUAAGAUAUUUAUUUUAAAUUAAGCUGGGAGGGGUGCAUCCAAUAAUAUUACAUAAGAAGAGCAUGGAAUUAUAUUAAAUCCCAUUUAUAGCAACAAAAUUGAACCACAGAGGAUUUCAAAGAUCAAGUUUUAUUUUUGAUUGAAAAGCAGUUAAAAAGGAGUUGUUUCUCUCAACGUAACUCAGCUUAGGCCAGUCACUGACAUUUCUGUAAGCUGACAAACUAACUAUGAUUGCCGGCUAAGUCUUGCUUGACCCUUGAAAAUUGAAUUUUGCCCAAAACCUCUUAUAUCAUAAUAUCACAGCGAGUUUGGGGGAAAGAUCAAAUCGAUUAAAGCCUGAAGCAAAUUAGCAUUGAGGACGAACAUUCAGUAUGACUUCAAAAACUUUAUUCCGAAAGACAUGAAGAUUGUCCAUAAGAAGGGUUUGAUGUGUAUGAAAACUCAAGUUUUUCAGCCCAAUAGACCCCUCACCAGUUUCAAAGUCAAAGUUAAUUUGCAAUUAUUUUCCUCUUUCUCCCUACUAUUUGUCUCAUAGUCCUCGCAGUGGACAUGUUGCCCCCUGUGUCGUCAGAAAACAGUGCGGAAGCCGUAUCUUUUCCAAAAGAUGCUGAACAGACCAAUAACAUCAACUUGCCAUCAUCUCUUAUAUGGAGAGCACAGGAUCAAGGUACUCUAUGUUUAAACCCGAGUCUCUAGCCUACUGUCUCGGAGUUGUCAGUAAUAUCAAUAACUCAUUCAGCCCAUCUGUUUAGACGGAGUGUCUAUCGUCAGUCUACUGCUUUCCGAUAUCAGCGUAACAGCGGAUCCUCAAGCACGCAAGUAAGUUGAUAAAUGCAAAGACCAAAUGUUUGGUUGCACAUUAAAUGGUCAUCAUAUACAAAAGAUUUUAAGGAAAAUGGUUUCUCGCAAACCCUUCCGGGGGUUGCGGCCGCAUGAUUCUCCAUCCUUCUCUUUCCUGGGUCCCAGACACACCUUAAUGCCAGCUGUCCACUCAACGCCUGGUCUUCCUCUCCCUCUUUCCCUUCUACUUCGCUACUUAAAAUUUCUUUACAAACGCCGUGUUAAUGAAAUUUAUGCCCGUUUUCAAUACAUCUCUUUGGUUCUUUUGAUCAAAUUCUGCCAUGAAAAUGCGUUCACUAAUCAUAAUUCUGGUUUCGGGUUAAUUCAUGAGCACAGAUACUAUGAGCUUGGGAUAAAUCGAUGCAAACCUGGGGAUUUCGAUAAACCAUGUCCAUCCAUGAACACCUGUUGACAAGCCAUUGCUAUUACAAAAUGCCUGUAGGUGUACCUGUCCCGCUAUAAACGUGAGUUUUCUAACCAAUCAGAGUACAUUUUCUAUCUCGGUUAUUUUAUAAUGGGGAACACCAAAAGUUUCUCAUGGAAAUUUAAAAUGCAAGAGGUACUGUUGGAUGCAAAACUAGUGCCAGCUUCACCAUACUUAAGGAGCUUGUAUGGAAGUCAUCUGCUUAUUCAUAUACUUGUUGCAUUUCAACAGAGUCAUGGACUCAGGAAUUAUGUCAAGCACAAUACUUUUCAACAAUGGGAGUAGAUUUAAUAAUUUGAGUCAUCCGGUUGUAAUAAAUCUGUCAGCUGUUUCAAAGGUACUGAAUUCAAUACUUUCCUCGCAUAGGUCUUUAUCGCGGUCCCCAUCUCUUUUUAUCGAGCGCCCGAAAAAACCGCCAGCUACGCAGGCUAUUCGUCAUCGCGAAAGCACCACAGCUGAUGUUUUUUAAAAAUCCCCACGACAUCUCACAAUCGCUUAUUAUACCUGUAGGAAGUCUUGCUUAAUCCUUGAGCAUUACCGACAUUUAUGUGAAUCUACCACUUGGCACAACAAGGAAAAGAGAUAGAAUGAGCCUGUAUGGCCCGUAUGGCCCGUCUGGUAUCUGUGGCGCUUAGAUUUCAGCUACGGCUUAUUGAUACCUUGAAGACACUUCACGUUUGUUACUCGAUCCAUGCAGAUAUCAUGAAGUCGACUUUUACGUUAUAACGGUGUUCACACAGUGUUUUUAUAUUUAACAUAUAUAUACAUAUAUAUUUUAUAUUAAACUCCAUCCUUAUGUCUUGUCCUAAUUCCCUUUGCCAGGUGAAUACUGACGGCGUACGGAAGUGUGUGUAUCUCGAUGUCACCACUGAGUAAGUGUUUAUUAAAUUAAACAGACCAUCACGUCACCACAUGGGUUGUAAAAUGAUUUAAAUAGACAACAAGACUCGUAUUGUGCGGCAAGUAAAAGGUAAAAGGAAGCUAUAGGCGAAGCAUACAUGGAUUGAUACUUCGUAACUUGACAAUACACUGAUUUACAUUAAUGAAUAAUUUGAAAUCGAAUUUUAUUUAUUUGAUUUUAGCCCUCCAGUUUGGUCUUCAUCAGGGUGUGUUGUUUAUGAGGUCAGCUCAUCACACACAGAGUGCCACUGUUAUCACAUGACAAGCUUUGCUGUACUUAUGGAUGUACAUGGCGCUUAUGUACGUUGAACACGUAGAACGCUGACUAUUAACUUUUUACUUUCAACAAAAGAUGCUCCUGAGACUACUAUGCAUGCUCCUAACAACUUACCACGGCUUGAUUCGUGAGACUAGGGUGUUACUUCAGACGUGGAAGAGUACAUGAUACUGGUUGAGUUAAUUUGUUUCUGUUAGUAUUUUGUAUUUCCUUAACCUAAGCGUAAGCGUAAGACUAAUUCUUAUCAUGUUACCAAACAUGUAUCCGACUUAGAUGUUACGAACAAACUUUAUAUUUUGUUAGAGGUCUUUUCGAACACACCACUGUUAUUUCGCGCAAUAAUUGUUUUGAUAUGGUUUAGAAUGAAGUCAUGUUUUUCUUGCCUUAAAGACCGUAAAUUCCAACACUGGGAAAAUCAUGAGUUCAGAAUGUUCCUUUGUUCCUAAAAGAGUGUUCUUAAGCUGAUUAAGUGCAGUUUGCUGGGUGGCAACAGAUUAAACAAUCUUGGUGACCGGGAAAACGCAUAGCCCUUAUCCGUGAAAUAGUUUGAUAGUUUUAGGCUGUACUUCAAUUUCUUUUAUGCGAUCAUUAUUUGGUUAUGAUGUAUUCAGGGUAUAUCAGACUCACAUAUCUUCCAUCUCUUGUAGGAAGGUGAUACUAUUUCAGAAGAGCAUAAGACUAUUCUGUCCAUCGUGUCCAUCGUGGGAUGUUUGAUCGCUUUAGUUUGUUAUAUCAUCUUGUUGUUUGCAUUUUUCUUCCUAAGGUAUUGUUCAGUUUUAAAUUGUGCCUAUUAUGUGCUUCUUUUGAUUCACUCUGUUGUCAAGAAAGCGCUCUGCUCUGACCCUUAAAUGCAUGCGAUCUGUUAAAUUUUAAAUAGUGAUUAUCUGGAUAAUAACGUACAAUGUAGGCUGAGCCGAUUGCGUCCCAAGAGCCAUCACAUUUACUGCUUUCAUUUUAUUGGAUAAUGCGCCUCUGUCACCAGAACUCUCAAAUGUGGCCCAUUUAACAAGAAGCUGUCUCUAAUGGGCGUGACUGUCCAAAAGUCAAUCACUAAUUAAGCAGCUGAUGUUUCCAGCCAGCGAGAUUCAGCAAUACCUUGACCACUCUUAUCAGUCAAAAUCAAGGCUGCAAAAAGUUAUUUCGUGUCUAGGUUGACCGGCUCCAAACGAGAAACAAAAUCAAAUGAAACUAACUGGUUCUAUUUUCUUUAGAUAUUUAGUAACCUGUUCAUCACUACUGGUUUAAAAGUGUUAAAACUGCACUCAUCAUAUUCAAAUCCGAUUUUUUAUUGACCCGAUCAAUUAAUAAUAAGAUUAAGUACGUCUCAACUCGAGCCGUGUAAUCUUGGCGCUCAAACACGAUUACUAAUUAUACUUAACUCAAUCCUAUAACAAUCACUAAUCCUCUCAACACUACGGUGUUUGAAAUUUUAUCCGUAUUCAGAAGGCGAACAGAGACUCUAAACAUCCACAUAAACCUAGCCGCAGCUGAGGUUUUCGCCAUUUUCGUUUUUCUUAUCGCCUAUCCUGGAGCUCGAAUAAAGGUAAGUUUGGAAGUGCGAAAUUCAUACUAACUGUACUAAUUUUUGAAAGCGGAAACGUAACCUAAUAUCAGUCGCCAAUAUCGAGUUCUGUUGCGAAUCUUUUGAUGUCAGUAGUCGUUUCUUAGUCAAGGGAGUUCCACGAACUCAUUUAUUUUAUUUUUUGUUUUAUGUAAAGGCUGUUUGUUACGCUUUUGCCGUUCUUCUCCAUUAUUUUCAAUUGGCGGCGUUUUUCUGGAUGAUGGUCGAGGGAAUCAAUCUUCUCCGUGGUAUGGUGAAAGUUUUCCGAGUCACCAGUAAAGUGAGAACUUAUUUCCUCUUUGCUUGGGGUAGGCAUAUUUUUGGCGUAUUAGAUUAAAGUUUCAACCCAGAUUAUCUCGAAUUAAGUAAGAGUUUUUAAGUGCACCUGCCACAGGUCAAAAUUAGCUCAAUUUACUUAGCAAUCUGAUAUACCUGCGUGAUAGCCCUUUCAGGAAAGAUAAAAGAAUAACUACUUGUGAGUGGGUGGGUGGACGGGGGGCAUAAUCCCUCAGAUGAUGAAAACGUCAUUUAUCUUAAUCCUAAUCACUCUUAGGGGUUAAAGGUUUAAAGAAGUCUGCGUUAAUGAAUGUUCCUUACCUAUUAGGUGCGCCCGCUGUCGUUGUGGCAGUAACAGCAAGCAUCUCCCGCCACCAAUAUGUAAGAGAUAACUUGUAAGUUGGAUCUUUUAACAUCAUCGCGUGGUGGUACACCUGAAUAGAAAAAAUGACAUAAAAUGAACUGGUUGCGGAAAGGCAAAGAUAAAUAUAAAUAAAUUGUAAACAAGGAACUUGAAAACUUUUACUUCACAGUGUUUGCAGACGACAAAACCUAUGUACAGCAAAGUGUCGUUCUAAAAGAAUUCUUGGAUUGUAAUUAAUUUUCCAUCUAUUCAACUGAGCUAAAGCGAACUUUCCCGUUACCAUGGUUAUUGUCCAAAAUAAUAAGGCCAGUUUUAAACAAGCCGAGCAAUCCAGCAGAUCAAAAACAAGUGAACAUGUUUCCUUGGCACAAAACCUGUACUGUCUUUGUAUCUCUCAUUGGCGCUAGGAGGAAAGAGAUAUUUCCGCCUCAGGAACAGAAUGAAAUGAAGAUAAGAGAAACAAAUAAGGGCUUAAUUGUUUUGCAUUUCAUGGUUUUUCUAUAGUUGUUGGAUUUCUCAUCAAGUCAUAUGGUCAUUUGCUGGACCAGUGGCAUUUAUAUUAUUGGUAAGUGAGGUAUCUGUUGUUCAUGAAUAACACAUGACCACGCUAUUAACAUUACGCGAGCUAAAUGUAUCAGAUGCAAUGUACUCCAUCCCUCAACAAACGAAAAUUGCUCGGGAUUAUACUGCUGGGUGAGUACACGAAGCAGACUGUGGCAAAGGACGUCGCAAACAACUUAAAGAUAAACAGAGAGAAAGUCGGAAGUUACGAUUAAUGUCGUGAUUUUUUAGACAUAAAGUAUCCUGUCAACAAUGGCACACACAAAGAAAAGGGGAUUUUUCCUCAAAAUACAUUGUCCGAAAUACUGGUUGAAUUCCAAGCAUCAUGUUGCCCGGCGGGGCAAAUAUUUGAAUUGUGGUAAAUUUUGUUAUUUCCCCUCACGUGUGUCGCAUAUUGAGAUCAAGAAACACGUCAAUGUUUAAGUGUUUGAGGGGUGGGGUGGGGUGGGGGUUGGGGUUAAUAGAAACAGUUUUUACGGUGCAGUAGUAUUUUCGAAUCAGAAUAAUACGAUUACAACACCUUUUCACAAGAAAUGCAAACUGAUGAAGACAAUACUCGCAGUUUUGAAAACAAAUUUGUGUCCUUUUGGUCCAGAACUUUCUUGUCGGUUAAAUAAUUUCUCAACUCCUUGGUAAGGUGACAUUCUAUUACCGGAUUGCAGGUAAACGUGAUUGCGCUGAUUGUAGCCAUCAAAACUGUAGUGCAGAGGGCUCGCUACAAGGAAAGAUCCCCGAAAAUGUCAGCUUUAGAGCUCGAAAUGAGGUAGGUGGGCCUAUAGACCUUGUUAAAUUUAAGGAAAACAGGGGUGAUUACUUCAAGUUCUCGUUGAUGAUAAUUCUAAGGUCUCUAUCACUAGGUCUUCGGUUCAUUUUCUCUGAGGGAUCUUCUUUUGUGUGGAACGCGUAAUUUAAAUAGAGAUCGAUUUGAGUCAAUGGCAUAUUUUUCUAUGUAGACGAACUAGUGGUGACGUGAGAGAUUAACCUGUUUCCACACGUGUUGGGAAGUUGGCAUCUCUUUUAAAUGAGUUCGAAAUUAUCGUCUAAUAUGCACGAAUCCGUAGUUUGCUUCACAAUUUUUCCCCUUUUUUCUACAGAGCAGCGUUUAAGACAUUGGUGAUUCUAGUUCCGCUGUUGGGUGUGACAUGGCUGCUCGGAUUCAUUUCCAUCCACAACACUUCUCUAGUAUUCCAAUAUCUCUUUGCUGUUUUAAACUCCAUGCAGGUGAGAAGUCCUUCUAAUCGUUUGCAGGCAAAAAGUAGUUUGAAAGAUCAGAAAUCAGUUAGUUUUAACAGAUCUUUCAAUUAGCUCAUGUUUCUAUCCAUUUACUGUUUAAGGGGCUCUAUUUCCUGAUAGCUCAAUACUGGUUUGAUGACGAGGUAAGUAUCAUCAAAUAAAUAGGGAAAAUUAACUCAAUUUUCUCUUUAUCAUGCGUUGCAAUUCACACAAUUUAUCACUUACUGGAAAAUAAUGUCCAUCAUGCCGUAAUGAAACAUUUAUUGUGUUUCAGAUCAAGAAAAAUGCACAUCGAGCGUCCAACCGGGUAAAACGCCUCUUCAGCUUAACAGGAACGAGAUCGAGCAGUCCUUGGACUGUACCGUCCAAUGUGGACAAGGAACAGCGUGGGAACCGCAGCGACAUGAAAAACCAGAGACAACGUCCUCCCCACCAAGACAUAAACCAUCAACAAUUGGACUACAAUCAAAACAAAAACUUAAAACAGCAACAAGAACAAAAACAAACUACAAACAAAGAACAUUUUGAUGCUAUCACCCAUAAACAACAACAUUCUGACAAAGAUUUUCCGAAUGACAAGGAAGAAACUGCAGGCAAAAUGGCAGAGAAGGAACACAGCACUGACACGUACCUUUAGCUGCAGAAUAUCAAACAAUGAGUAAAAAACAUUACCACGUUUCAUAAAACGACGAGUUGUUGUCGUUGUUCUUUUUAAACCUGAUGUGGCUUUUGAAAUGUAAGAGACAUUUUGAUGAGCUUGUCCACUGCUGUUGACAAGUCAAUAAGAGUAUCCGUCGCAGUCUUGGGAUUUUCACAGGUUUCCAAACGCGCACUUAGCACUAUCGAGCUCAGCGCAGGGCGAUAGCUGCGGCAAGUACAAACCAUAUCCCCUUUGGAGUUCAGCUGCAGUUAUUUCUUACAACAUUAACAAUUAGACGGCAUCCAUAGUUCCUUAAGAUUUUGUAGUUAGCAUCGAUUGUGAAGAAUUUGCAAAGAUGACAUUCUAAGCAUGAUUUGGUGACAAUUAUAUUGCUACCGAAUAGCUGCUUAUCAUAUUAAAAAAAGUUACUG